UUAAGAUGGUAAGCAUCACCGUUCAUAUACUCGUUUUUUCAUUGCUUUUCGUUCUAAGCAAUGGCAGUGUGUCGAUGCACAAUCCAUUUUAUUGCUAUGCAGAAGAUCCUAUCAGGCCACAGAUUGCAAUGUUUUCAACGGAAACCCCAUAUGAAUUAAUUAGAGGCCGGAACAUUGAACCAAGUGUGUCAAGUUGUACUCCAUCAAAGUUUUGGUUAGUUGGCAGACACGGUGCUAGAUUUCCGAAUAGUAAUGAAAUAAGAAUAAUUAACGAGAACAGUGAAGCACUACACAGCAAUAUAUUGAGUAAUUAUAACGCUGGAAGAACGUCUUUAUGUGCAUCUGAUAUCGCAUUAAUUAGAGACUGGAGAUUUGAUCCGAACAUUACCUCUGAAAAUGCACAGUUCUUGACGGUAGCUGGGUGGAAUGAAGUGCAAGGGAUAGCUCAACGUUAUCAAACCGCUUUACCAACCUUAUUGCCAUCGACUUACUCACUCACCCAUUACUCGUUUCGGUCAGCGGCAUUACCUGGAAUGAUAUCAUCGAUCGCUGCAUUCGCAGAUGGUUUAUUCGGAUUAAAUGGACAUCAGCAGGUUGAAUUUGAUAAUAUUGACAAUCCAGAUCUCUUGCUGUCACCACAUGAGAACUGUCCCAUUUUUGAUGAAAUCAACUCCAUUUCAACCGAAUCAGAUGCAUUUGAAGAAGGACCUGAAUAUCAGGAAAUGAGCACGCAAAUAAGCAGUAAGCUUGGCUUUCACGGAUCGCACACAUUGUCAGCAGAACAGAUUUUGGCUCUAAUUUAUAUUUGUGAAUUUGAACAAAUAUACGAUUUGAAUUCUACGUCUCCGUUAUGUGCAGCAUUUUCAGUUGCGAAUUUUCAAGUUCUGGAAUAUCGUCAAGAUCUCUUCCGUUAUUACCUAUACGGUUACGGUCAAUUUCCCAAUUAUCGUCGACUUUAUGAAAACAUAAACUGUCACCUUAUACAAGACAUGCUCCAUUAUCUACGAUCAAAUGAUUCAAGUGACCCACGGGCCAGAAUUUUCAACGCAGAAAAUAUACCAAUGAUGUUUAUACUUAAUGUGCUUGGAGUUUAUGAAGAUCCAGUUCCGUUGACCCGACACAAUUUAGCUCAACAAACAUUCAGACUGUGGAGAUCUAGUCACCUUUCACCGAAAGCUGCAAAUCUAGCUGUUGUUAGAUACGAUUGUCCCGAUGGUGACAGUGAUGUCCUGUUUUUGCAUAACGAGAAGCCAUUGUCAAUAGAUGGAUGCCAGUCCAAUGGUGUGUGCAAAUUGUCGAUGAUUUUGGAGAGAUUUAGCCGUUAUUUAGAUGUGAAUUGUGCGGAGAUCUUUUGCACAAACUCUUGAAAAGCCUAAACGUAUUAAAAUUUAUUGAUUUUC